AACACAAUCUGAUCACGAUUCAUUAAUGUCGAAUUAUAAUUUAAUUAGGGCUAAUUCACCUACUCAAAAUUCUAUAAAAAAUCGCCAUAACAACACGAUCGAGCACAAUACAUAUAUCAUCUUCUUCCUCAUUUAAGGUGACAAAAAAAAGUAGCAGAAUAAAAAUGGCGGCGAGGCAGACAAGGGGGCGGCAGAGGAUCCCAAUGCGGCUGAUACAGAACCAAGACGACCUCUACGCCUCCUUCUCGAAGCGGCGCCUCGGCCUCUUCAAGAAGGCCAGCGAGCUCAGCACACUCUGCGGCGCCGACGUCGGCGUCAUCGUGUUCUCGCCCACAGACAACCCCUUCUCCUUCUUCUCCCCGACCAUGGACUCCGUCCUCGACCGCUACCUCCACCCCGACCGCCCCACGCGCCACUCCGCACGCGCCAUCGACACCCACGCGCGAGCGCGCAUCGACGCCCUCAACAAGCGCCUCGACGACCUGCUCGACCAGAAGCUCCGCCUCAGAGACUACCAGCGCCGCCUCGACGAGGCGGAUCAGGCCAGGCAGAAAGCCUGGUGGGAGGAAACCGCCGUCGACGCCCUCGAUAAGGAGCAGGUCAGGCAGUGGACGGCGUGGUUCGGGAAUUUCAAAGCUCGGGUUGAGGAUAAGGUGGCGCGGCUGCGGAAUGGAGGAUCGAGUUCGUCGGCGGCGGCGGCGGAUCCGUUUUACCGUCGCGUCCUUGCGCCUCAGUAUCGGUAUUAUGUGAGUCCGGAGGGUGGCGGAGGGAGUGGUGGUGGUGGUGGAAGUGGGCAGAAUGUUUUUCCGGCGGCGGGGCAUGUGGAUGGGUCCGGUGGUGGUGAAGGUGGUCGACAUUUGUGCCCUAAUUUGGUGCCGCGGAGUCAGGGUAUUCCGUCGACAAACUUGUGUUUUCCUCUUGCUUCGGGAGUUGUGAAUAUUCCAUCUGCUUCUCCUGCUGCUGGGGAAGAAGAAGCUGUUGCCUUCAAUCGAGAGGGGAAUUAGUUUAGCUAUGGCAAAUGUGUUUUCUUUUAUUUCUACUAUUUCUUCAUCUAUGUUACUACA